GUUAAUUUAUUAAAUAUGCUGAGAUUUAACAAUUUAACAAAGAUCCAGAACAGCUUCAAGCUAUCUAGAUGCUUCUCGACACAGACUAUUUUGAAUAAGGACACUAAUCAGGCUAGAGGAAUCGCUGAAUACGCUAUUGAUUUCAUGAACUCUGAAAGGGAUAUCUCUCCAGAAGUCUAUGAAAAAGUCAGACUUUUCCAUACUGACUCUGUUCUUUGUGGAGUCUCAGCCCUUGCCUUGAAGACUAAUGCUCCCAAUGUGCUGAGAAAUGAGGCUAUCAAUAGCUUUAGAGCAAGUGAAGAGAGGAUUUCUCUUGGAGCUAAGGUAUCUAAGUGUCUUGGAUCAGAUAUCUGGGUAUCUUCUGAGAAAGCCAUUUGUGCCAAUGCCUCUGCUGUUAGAGAAUGGGACUCUAAUGGAACUGUCUUUGGGUACAACCCAAAUAUUCCAGGUCAUACUGCAGGAGAAUUCGGGCAUAAUGAUUACUACCCAGUUGUUAUUGCUGCAGCCCAUAACAAUUCCAAGUUUACAGGCAAAGACGCAUUAAAAGGAAUGAUCUGUUUGGAUGAGAUCAGAGGAAGAUUGGCAGAAGUAUUCUCCUUAAAAUCUUACAAGAUUGAUCAUGUUGUUCACGGCGCUAUUGCUAGUGCAGCUACUUAUGGAGCUAUGCUUGGAGGAAGUGUUGACGAAAUAGAGCAUGCUAUCGGAAUGGUUGUAGCUCACUACAUCCCAUGGAGAGCCAUCAGAGCUGGAAAGCAACUGAGCGACUCUAAAGGAGCUAGUGCAGCACUUAGUACUGAAGCAGCUAUCCUUUCUAUGCACAGAGCUAUGGAUGGAUUCAUAGGGCCAAAAGAUAUCUUCAGAAAUCCAGAAGCCAUUUUUAGAUUCUUUGAAUCUACUGGAGAUAGAGAUGAAUCUCCCUUCAACCUGCACUUGACUAACGAAGGAGAUGAUUUUGCUGUCAUGGGAAUGCAUUUUAAGCUUGGUCUUUACGAACAUCAAUCUGCAGGAGCUAUCGCUGGACUUAUUAAGCUUCUCAGAGAAAAUCCUCAAAUUUUGGAAAAUGGUGACGCAAGUAAUAUUAAAAAGAUUAACAUCACUGCUUAUGAGCCAGCAUAUGGAAUCAUUGGAGAUAAGGCCAAGUGGGAUCCAACUACAAGGCAAUCAGCUGAUCAUUCAAUGGUAUACAUCAUCUCUACUAUGCUAAAGAAUGCUUUCCAGCAGCAUGACACUCUUGAUCCUUCAACAGACAUUCAGGAAUAUUGGAAAACUUUGAUGCUUACACCUCAUGAUUAUUCUGGAACAGCUCUCUAUUCUCCAAUCACUCGUGAAUUAAUGGAUAAGAUUCAAUUCCAUCACGGAGGAGAGGAGUAUGAUUCAAAAUAUCCAGAAGGAAUCCCUUCUAGCAUUGAAAUCCAAACUACUGAUGGUAAUACUGUAGAUAGUGGAUUCAUCAUGUUCCCAGGUGGCCACGCUAGGAACACCGACACUGACCUUACAAACGUCUUACAACAUAAAUUCAAGACCCUUGGACAGCUCGCUUUAGGCAUGGAAGAUCUCUCAGGCUUCAUUAAUAAGUUAGAAUCAAUCGAAAAAGCUUCCAAUGAAGACCUCAAAUCAAUCUACGAUUGUAAUUUGAACUUUGCUGAUACUUCUAUUGAUGAUUAA